AUGGAGUUUGAUAAAGACCUUGAUAAGGGUCUAAAGUUUAAGACCAGUAAGAAAAUUCCUGUCUUUGGGUCAUUUGAAGAAAUGAACCUAAAGGAGGAUCUUUUGAAGGGAAUAUACAGUUAUGGGUUUGAAGCCCCAUCCGCCAUUCAAUCCAGAGCCAUAAUGCAAAUCAUAUCAGGGAGGGAUACUAUUGCUCAAGCACAGUCUGGAACCGGUAAAACUGCUACAUUUUCAAUUGCCAUGCUACAAACAAUAGACAUCAACAAAAAAGAUACACAGGCCUUAGUUCUCUCACCUACAAGGGAGUUGGCUAUACAAAUUCAGGAUGUUAUCAAGUCAUUAGGUGAUUACAUGAAUGUAAAAUGUCAUGCCUGCACGGGAGGUCGUGCUGUUGGUAAUGAUAUGAAGAGUCUUAAUAAAGGUCAGCAUAUAGUAAGUGGUACCCCAGGUCGAGUUCUUGAUAUGAUAAAUAGAAGAGUACUAAACACUAGGCACAUAAAAAUGCUGGUCAUGGAUGAAGCUGACGAGUUAUUAGGCAAAGGCUUUCAGGAUCAAAUAUACGAAAUUUAUAAAUUCUUACCUCCUGGAGCUCAAGUUGUCGUUGUCUCAGCAACUGUGCCUCAUAGUGUUCUGGCAGUGACACGAAAAUUUAUGAAUAAUCCAGUGAAAAUUCUAGUGAAGAGGGAUGAAAUUACUUUAGAGGGGAUCAAACAGUAUUACGUUCAAGUAGAAAAAGAGGAUUGGAAAUUUGAUACCUUAUGUGAUUUAUAUGAUUCCUUGACUAUUACCCAAGCAGUUAUAUUUUGCAAUACUAAAAAGAAGGUCAACUGGCUAGCAGAUUCAUUGAAGAAUGCCAAUUUCUCUGUAGUGUCAAUGCACGGAGACAUGAAGCAAGAAGAACGUGAUAAAAUUAUGAACGAGUUCCGAUUGGGUAAUUCAAGGGUGUUGAUAUCUACCGAUGUGUGGGCAAGAGGAAUUGACGUUCAGCAAGUGUCACUAGUGAUUAAUUAUGAUCUUCCAAUCGAUAGGGAGAACUAUAUUCAUAGAAUCGGCCGUUCUGGAAGAUUUGGAAGGAAAGGUGUCGCAGUAAAUUUUGUCACCAAGGAUGAUGUAGACACGUUGCAUGAUCUCGAGCAUUUUUACGACACAAAGAUAGAUGAGAUGCCCGCUGACUUGAGUACAGUUGUCUAA